AUGAUGGCUCGACUCUCGUCCGCUCACUCGCCCGGCCUGGCCGAGCGGCAGAAAGAGUUGACGGACACGAUGGCUACGCAGGGUCUCAGCAACUCCACCCGUCAGCUGAACUACAAGAAACUCUCACGCGACACGCACCGCAACGAAAUCCGGCUUCUGGAGGUCCAACCUGCCAGUGAACUCAAUGACAUAAUCGUCGCUCGCCUGGUCAACCGAUCGUUGACUCCGGAAUUGGAGUUUAUUGGUGUGUCGGCCCUCUAUGGCGAUACCGAUGUCUCGGAGAAAGUCCAGGUAGAUGGCAAGCGCAUUGCGCUGCCGUCCAACAUGGGACAGGCCCUGCGACAUGUCAGGGCAGUGUUUUCGCAAUCUGACCUCAGCUCAAAUGCCUCUGAAGGAGAGGGUUCGCUGAACGAGGGGAGAAGAUCAAGAGAAAAGAAACAACCUCGCUGGCUCGGCAACAUCCUCCGUGGCCUCGGCUUUCAACGCCCCGAGGUUGACCGUGCUCGGAAUCAGAACUCAACACUGCUUAUCUGGCUGGACGCAAUCUGCGUCAACAGGGGAGACGCGCGGGAGCAGAAAGAACAGCACAGGAUGAUGUCGAACGCGUACCGCAACGCCAAGGCCGUCGUAGGGUGGUUGGGUCCGAAGGACGACACGAGCGACAUAGCCGUCCACAUCAUCCGCACUUGCGACAGAGCACUUCCGCGUGACUUUGGUAGUCCCGAAGACAAACAACUUCAUCCAGAGAACUACGCUCCACGAUACGCCUGGAUGGAGGACAUCAAACAUUUGUGGGAUAUGCCCGAAGGCGUCACGGAUCUACGCGAACAACAAAACUUCAUUGCCUUGUCGAAGUUCCUACAGAGACAAUACUUCCAGCGUGACUGGAUCCUGAACGAGCUUGCCAUGGCCACAUUCCCAACAUUCUUGGUCGGCGAGGAGAUCGUGAGCUGGUCCGAGGUGCUUCGGUGGAAUCGGUGCAACGAGGAGUUGAUCGACGUGGCCACCGCACACUUCCCUGAGGAGUACCGGAACUUGAUUGAGACAUUCAUUCCAUUGGGAACGGUUUACACUAUGUUGAAGGAGUUCGAAAGGAGGAGAGACAACCCAAGCUCUGGGUCCGACACAAGAUCGAUGCUUACACGUGGCUCAUCGAAAAGUGGCUCUUGA